CUCCAGGUACCGUUGCGGCAAAGAGAAUUCGUGAUCGUCACGUCAUCGUCGUCGCUGCACUCUUCGCCGAUUUCUGGACUCGUCGUAAAGAAGGCGAGUCGAGCGUAUAUUUAUCGAAAUAUCGAGCCCACGCCAUGAGGGACACAACGGGGAUCCAGAUUUUUAUUAUCCUGCCAAUUUUGGGCCUCAUCAUGACGCCGACCAUCAGUGCUCUCACUACCUUUGGCAAAACCAACCCUCAGAACCAGAACCAAAAUCCACCGCCACAGCCUACUCCAGUUGGAAAAUCACGCCUCUGCAAGCUCGAGUCCGAUUGUGCGGCGAUCCAGAACACAAGUUGCCUUUCGGAUCAGCGGGAUGGACACACUCGCUGUCUUUGCGCUGAUUAUUCAGCCCCGAUCAACGGCGCCUGUACCAACGUAUUAAAGCUGGCAAGAACCCCGUGCAACGAGGACUCGGAGUGCAUCAAGGGCGCUCACUGCUCUCAAGGAAACAGCACGAUGCCGGAAAAACGUUGUCUCUGCAAGCUCGGCUACGUUGAAAACGCCCAGCGUUUGUGCAGCGGUAGUUCACCGAUCCUGCGAAUUUCCCUCGCAACGAUCCUAGCUGCGGUUACUCUUUCGGGGAAAUACAUUUUCCUGUAAUUAACCGCAGCAGAGUCAUUAACGGCGAGUCUACGCGGAUUCUCUAUCGACGAGUGUGCCCUGAAGAAAACUGCGUCGUACUGGUGAAAAAUAUCGGAGACAUUAAACCACGGUCAGUCAAAAAUAACUGGCAACACGCAAUAAGGAAUUUACUCUCAAUCAGUGUGCCUUACAUGUAAAAUUUAUACUGAACCGAUUUCAGCAAACACGUAUAAUACCGGGAUUAUUUAUAUCCGCGGUAGUUCGAAUUAGGUGCUAGUACCAAACAACGCUCGUCAUUGAUUUCGUUAUGGGUAAAAAAUAUUCAUCAAUUGAAACGUAAAAGUAAUUCAGCUCGAUAUUUUUGACUAACGGUGGCAGAGUUUUGGCGAUUUAUUAUACAACUGUAUGUAUUUAAUCAUCAUUUUGUACUCGGCUAUCAUUUACCUUACAUACAUAUACCUAUAUUGUAGAUAUAAUUCAAUGAUUAUAUAUAUAUAUAUAUAUAUAAUAACGUGGCACAGACUUGAAAUUUUUUGAAAAUAUUCUAUUCAUCGCAUAUAUUCCGCGAAUAUGUCCUAUACAUGUAUGUAAUAGUGCCUAUUCCGUAGACACCUUGAAAUUGAUCUAUGAACGCCAAUGCAUGGAGAUUGAUGACUCGUGUCGUAAUUUGGUGAGUUAUUGUAACACUUACGCGGUCUUUACCAAAUGUCCGACAGAUAAGUAUCGAAAGAUUAAUCAUCAUUUGUCCUUUGUGAUUUACAGACAUGCGUACAUACAAUGUGCUUCUAUAUUAAAUAUCACACACGUAUAUUUAUCUGUACGUUCGAUCUAAACUUCUGCGAGUAUGAUUAGCGUUAAUCUUCGGUAUACAAUCAAAUUAUGCAGCAACAAAUUACGAUAAUGAAUCUGCUCAAUUUAUAGGAACGCUUUGAAACUUUUCUUUAAAAAUUUCAGUGAAUUACCCCGGCUUCUUAAUUAUAUUUUCUAAUCAAAAUGAUCUUGGACGAUGUUGUAUACCUCGACGGACAAGCCAUUCUAAUUAACGAUUCUAAGCAAAUGCAGAUUGUACAAGCGAGUGACAAAAACAAGUAUACUUCAAAGAAUAACUAAUUGUACGUAAGGAAGAGAGAAACGAACAAACUAAUACGUGAUUGUAGAGAAUAAUAAAAAAAAAAGAAAAAAGAAAAAAUGCAAGCGUGCCUUUCCGUUUGAAAUUUAAAUCGUUCCAUUAAUGAUGUGAAAUUUAAACGCGUGCCUAUAAUGUAUAAAUAAUCACGCGGUUUUAAAGCCUAAUCUUUGAUUAUAUUAUAAUUGCGAGCAAUGAAUAUUUACCAAGAUAAUUAUACUGUAAUUGCAACUGACUAUUCUGCCGCAUAUACGCCAAGAAUGCCUUAUAUAUUGAGUAUUGUAUGAAAAAAAUUGGCUGCACUAGUCUAAUACAAAGACCUACUUAUACUUUACAAAUAUUCUAAAAUAUACCUAUAAUCUAAAAUAUACAUGAAUACAUUAUACCGGCAUAUUGCAUGUAUACUUACUGUACGAUACCCAUAAGUUGAUAGCGUAUUUUGUAAAGUUUGUAUGUGUAACAAUUAUAUUAUAGUACAGAGUAUGUAUACGUACAUCCUACGCAUCACGACAAAUACGCACUAUAUAACGAUUUCUUAAUUUGUUAUACAUAUCGUUUUAAGAUUGAUUCAUGUUUUGUGCACAAUUAAAAGCUGAAUAAAAAUAAUACCUUAAAUAAGAA